AUGAUUAACGUCCCUAGAUUUAUCUUCAGAGUCAUGAAAAGGAAGCCAGAUAUCAGCGUCAUGUUCGUCCUUCUUCUCGUUGGAUUAGUCUCAGCGGAUUCAAAGUGAGUAAAAGAACUAUCUUCAACAUUGUUUUGAUAAAACAAAACUUUACCAACUUCGUCAUUUUCAGAGGUUUCUCCUUACUGCGGAUGAGUCCCGAGCCUCGAAUGUGCAAGGAAUUUCUCUGUGAUGACAAGUCCGUGACCACUGAGACCCUAAGCACUGUGCUGACGAACGGUGGAGAACAACAGCAAUGCCGUGACUGUAGAGACUGCACAGACUCUGGAUACAGGUAAGAAGACUAGAAGAAUCUUUGAAAACGAUAUCAAGCUCUUCCGUCGAGGGUCUUUCAGUUCGGCCGGUACAAAAACAAGCUAAUAAUAACCGCCUUUUCAGUGUUUGCAUUCAACGACGAACCCCCGGUUGUCAUUGUGGACACGCCGUCCCAAACGGAUGCUCCGCUGCGACCCGAGGCCAAACCGAUAAUGCUGGGUUCGAACUGGUCCGCUUAUGUUACAUGAACGGUAAGCAAAUCGACGAGUGAACAACCGUGUUCGCCUAGCUGUCAAGCUUAUAAUUUAACUAUGAAAUUGAGGCUAAUUCCGCUCAUUUCAGCCCUCCGAACUCCUCCCAAGCCAAGUGCAACGAACGAAAAGAAAGAUGUGAUCGUGACAAUCCAACCAUUCUGGCUGGAUAAAUACUGGAAAGGGUUGAAACUGGACAACCUGACCCUGUUUUAUGAGUUCGAAGUCAAGGUAAGUCGAGAAUCAUAGACUACUCUACAGUGGGGGACCUGAUCCAGUGGCAAAAAACGUACAAUUUUGCAUCCAUGAGGUAUCAAAAAGUGUGGCAAAAUACCUCCCUCUCCAAGUGAAAAACUUCGAUUUCAAAAGCGCACCCGCUCUUUUUGUGAGGGAAAGGGCGCGCCUUUCAAAAUGAAGUUUUUCCACUUGGAGGGGGAGGCAUUUUGCCACAUUUUUGAUACUUCCAGGAUGCAAAAUGAUACGUUUUUUUGCCACUGGAUCAGGUCCUUCACUGUAGCGAUUGUGAUUGUAAACUAAAAUAAACCUAAUUCUAUAUUUUUCAGUCGCCCGAGAACUGUGACGGACGUGUGACAACGAUCAACAAAGGCUCCAAAAUCAUCGGCUACCUUUGCACGCCACAUCUCCAAAUCGAUCUGGAAGAGGAGCCCGAGGCGGCGGACAGAGCCACCGAAUACGACGAAUCCAGCCUGGCACCGGAAAUUCAAUUCGAGCGUGCUGUUUUCGAUGAGGCUACAGAAGUGCGAUUCUACUACCGCGUCAACGCAAAGCGGGAAAGACAGCUGAACCUGCGGAAUCAGUUGGUCGACCGACCGAGACUCAUCGAAUCUGACCGACUCAAUUUCGAUCUGACCACCGAUCCCGAAGACAACGCGGAGAGAAAAUUGCCGGAUAAGAUUGUGAAGACAACAACUACGACGACCACCACGACUACUCCAACGCCGACCACAACUGUCGCUGUGAACAAGGUGAAAAUCCAGGACAUUCCGGAUCAUUCUCAACCGAAAGCCAAUAAAAUCGAGGAAGUGCCAAAGAUGGAGAGCAAGUCGGAAGAAAACAAGGUGAGUUCGACAAUUUUCACAAUAUAUUACAGUGACGGACCUGAUCCAGUGCCAAAAAACGUAUCAUUUUGCAUCCGGGAAGCAUCAAAAAUGUGGUAAAAUGCUUCCCUCUCCAAGUGGAAAAACUCAGAUUUAAAAACUUCACUUGGAGACGGAAGCAUUUUACCACAUUUUCGACACAUCCCGGAUGCAAAAUGGUACUUUUUUUCCACUGGAUCAGCUCCCCCACUGUACAUGACAUGUUGACAGCACCCUAGAUUGUUCAAUGCUUACAAAUACCAUUUGAUUUUUAGCCCCAACCAACGCCAGCACCAGCCGCCGGUACACCAUCCGACUUCCUAGAGGAGCACCUAAACAAUGGUGGCCAACUCAAUCUGAUCCUCUACGUUGGACUCGCAACUUUGAUUGUAUGCGUUCUAAUCGUCCUACUGACCUGCUGCCUUCGACGGCAUCGAAUGGCCUACAAAAAGACGAAUGGAGCAGCGAAAGCAACCAAACAGCACAAUGGCUACGAAUACAAACAGACAGCACAAGAGGCCUAG